AUGGACACCGCGAACGGGGUAGUAGCGGAUGCCGGUGUCGUAACACUGCCACUGAUUUUGUUGCUGUUGCUGCUGACGGUCGUGGCGACGUAUCACCGCCACCGCAGACCGCUGCCGGUCACCAGCUCGGAGGCCGGGGACACACCAUCGCCGACGGUGCCCAACGGUCCGACCGCGUACCCAAUAAUCGGAGCCCUGUACGUCAUGGACGGACACCGGGACCAACCGUUCCGUCGGUUCACCGAGCUGGCUCGUCUGUACGGACCCGUCUACGCCAUGGCCAUGGGUUCUGUACCGUGCGUUAUCGUCAAUGAUUAUCCGUCCAUCAAGGAAGUGCUGAUUACGAACGGCUCGAAGUUCGGCGGUCGUCCCGAUUUUAUUAGAUACAACGUGCUUUUUGCUGGCGACCGGAACAACUGUGAGUAUCAUAUGACAAAAAAAACAAAAAAAAUAUCAACAAAUAUAUUUUAUUAUAAAUUAUUUGUUAUUUAUUUAAAUCGUGUUGAAAACAAAUUCGAUUCGAACAACAGUUCGCAUCGUAGAUAUGUACCUAUUUAACGUUCAUUAAACGAUUUUCGUAAAAAAAAAAAAAAAACUCUAAAACUAAUGUACAUUAUUAUAUCUUUGAUCUCAGAGAAGAAGGGUUUAAGACAAUUUUGUAUAGUAUUCAACAUAAGCAAAUUAAAUAUUAAACAUAUAAAAUUAUAUAAUGGCAUAAUUGUUGCCAAAUGUCCUUAUCUAUAAAUAACAAUUUGUCAAACAAAAAGUACAUCACAGUAAUUUAAAAUAUUUCAAUUGUCAAUAAGUAUAAGUGUUAGAAAAUGCCAGUUAUAUCAUAUUUAGACCAAAAUAAAUGAAAAGAAAUUACACUAAACUAAAUUACCGGCAUAAAAAAUGACAAAUUCAACUUAAGCUCUUCUUUCGUAGAACCAAUGAUACAAUAUCUGAGUUUUUGUUGGUGUAUAUUACAUUUUUUUUUUUAACUGUACCAAAAUAUUUACCAUAGGUACAGUGAUAACACUCAUGCGGAUAAUUCUAAAAUUAUAUAGAUAAAUUUGUUUUUCAGUCUAAAUACCCAGAGUAACAGACUAUAAUUCCUUCAUUAAUUUCGUAAUUUAGAGGUUAAACGCCAAACCCCUCUUACCUAAACUCCUGGUAAUAGGUACUUAAUAUAAGAAUCAUUUAAGUAUAUAACAAUAAAACCUAUACUUAAGUAACUACGCCUUCAUAAUUGUUUUUUAAUUAAUAUCAAUAUUUUAAUUUUUUAAACAUCUCAAGUCUCACUGUAAUCAUUACUUUAUUAACUACCAAUUACAGUGUGAAAACAGACAAAAUAUGGUAGAUUAAAAUUGAAAGACAGUACUAAAUAUACCAAUUUCAAAGAGGAAAUUAUAAGUUAUAAAAUAAGUAAAAAUAAAAAAUAACAAUAAUAUGAUAAAUUAUGGUUUAUUUCAAUUCUCAAUUUGUAUACUUCAAUGACUCAUAAAUUAUUUGUAUGUACGAGCUAUACGAUAAUAAAAGAAAACACAUAUUCCUUUUGAACAUUUUAAUGACACCAGUAAGUAGCCAAACUGUGAUAUAUAUAUAUAUAUAUAUAUUUUCAUUUCAGCUCUAGCACUGUGUGAUUGGUCGUGGCUUCAAGAGACUAGACGGAAGAUAGCUCGAGUAUACUGUUCGCCAAAAGUUUGCUCUUCCAACUACAGUCUUCUUGACUCUAUAGCAUCCGACGAGGUGGACGUAUUUUUGAAGUCACUCGCCAUAACUACCACGAGCGAUGGGUCUGACUCAGUUGUGCAGUUGAAACCAUUAUUGUUAAUGGCCUGUGCCAAUAUGUUUGUUCGGUUCAUGUGCUCGAAACAAUUUAGUUACAAGGACCCUGAAUUCCAAACCAUGGUUCGGACGUUUGAUGAGAUAUUCUGGGACAUUAACCAGGGUUACGCGGUGGAUUUUUUACCAUGGUUGCGACCAUUUUAUGCAGGUCAUAUGAAACAACUGUCCGAAUGGUCGGCGUACAUCAGACGUUUCAUUAUGGACAAUGUCGUGUCAACAAGGAGUAGUUACAUAAAAGCCGUGAUGGAGGCUAGCGAUGACGAUGGUAACCGCCGGUAUUAUGAUGACGCGGACGACAAAAAAGAACCGAACGAUUUCACCAAUGCCCUGCUCAAGAGCCUGCAUAAAGAGCCGGGUCUCAAAAUGGACCACGUACUGUUUGAACUCGAAGAUUUCAUUGGCGGUCAUUCGGCUGUCGGCAACUUGGUUAUGCUGGCCCUGUCCAUGGUGGCCACUAGACCACAUGUAGCUCAAGCUGUCCGGGACGAGGCUGAAAGAGUCACGAGUGGACAACGUCUGGUUUGCCUUUACGACAAAUCAGAAAUGCCAUAUACCGAAGCUACACUAUUUGAAACAUUACGAAUGAUCUCGUCUCCCAUCGUUCCUCACGUGGCCACCGAAAACACUACAAUUAAAGGUGAAAAAAACAAUAUAAAUUACACAGAGUUUAACGUCACCUAUACAAUACUUGCAAUAACUUAAUGUAUGAGGUCCAGAUUAAUAUUAUUUUACACCGAAUAGAAAAUAAUACUAAUAAAUAUAUUAAAUGGUAAUUUCAAAUGUUCAAUCUUACCUCAUAGUAAUUUAUAUAAUAUGUACAUAUUAUGUAGUAUAAAAUAACUCUAACAUGAUGCUUUUUUUUUUCGUGUACCUGUGUAGGUUUCAAAAUAGCCAAAGACACGUGUAUAAUAAUCAACAACUACGAGCUCAACACUAGUUCAGAGUACUGGGAAAAUCCCGAAUUAUUCGAACCCGAACGAUUCAUUCAACGUAAACCCGACGCAAAACCGUGCAUUAAAAAACCUGAAUAUUUUUUGCCGUUCAGCACUGGAAAAAGAACGUGCAUUGGGCAGCAAUUGGUUACCGGGUUCGGGUUUGUUUUGCUAGCCUGUAUUCUUCAAAGGUACGAAAUAAAAGCCACUGAUCAAUUGGCGAUACCGGAAGCGCGCAUGGCUCUUCCGCCCGACACGUACUCCUUGAUAUUGAAACCAUUCAGUAACGAAUCUCCAUCAAAAACUGAGACAUUUUAA